AUGUUUGAGAUGAAGAGAGCAAUUGACGCUAUAGUUGUUUUAGCUGGUUUUAUUUCAAUGUACAAUGCUAAAAUGAACCCACAAUGUUCUAAAUGUAAAGCAGCAAUGAGGAAAUAUAACUACUCCGUCAAAGAGAUAGAAAGAAUGAGAAACGACUAUGCAGACUUAAAGAAAGAAGUAGAAAAGCCAGCAGAAGAUAAAAUGGACAUGUUGACAUUUCUAAACAAAAACUAUCCAACUGCUGACGAUUUCCUUCUUUCAGAUGUCAAGAAGAAAUAUAAAGAUACAUUCAAUAUUGUGAAAACUUUUGACAUACUGACAGAGGAAAUAGAAGCUACAAAAUUGUUUAGAAUUUCAAAUAUACAUCGUACAAUUCAUGUAAAACGCUUGUGA